CCUCUAAAUCUGAGGGUUCAAGCAGCUCCACAUCACAAGUAGAUGCUCUCGUUACGCUGCGAUCGAGUAGCGUGUGUCGGUGGACAAUCGGUUGACUCGUGAGAGUUGACUCCCGUGGGACCGGUCAUCAUGACAAAACUCACGACGCUAUCUUGUGCAUUCAUUGCCGUCGUUCUCGUCCUCUCAAAGUCCUGCGACGCGAGUCACAAACUUUUAGUGUUUCUCAUUGAUGGAUUCCGCUUUGACUACAUGGACGAUUUGCAGAAACUACCAGGAUUUAGGGAGAUCGUAGAAAACGGCGUCAAGGUGGAUUAUAUGACGCCAGAUUUUCCAAGCCUCUCCUAUCCCAACUACUACUCGCUCAUGACAGGGCGAUACUGCGAAGUGCACCAUAUGACGGGGAACUACAUGUGGGAUGAGAACUCCAAUAAGGAAUUCCUGAUCGGCCUCAACCAGGACAGCCGCCUGCCUCUGUGGUGGGAUGGAUCGGAACCUCUGUGGGUGACCAUGCAGAGACUGCAAAAGAAGGUCUACAUGUACUACUGGCCAGGUUGUGAAGUGGAGAUUCUUGGAGUUAGAUCGGAAUUCUGUGAAGAGUAUGUCUACGAUCCUUCUGAGAAGAACUUAACAGAGUCGAUUGAGAAGGCUCUCAAUGUAUUAAAAGAUGGCAAAGCAGACAUGGCUGGUGUCUACUAUGAGAAGAUCGAUGUGGAGGGCCAUCACUAUGGUCCCCGGUCUCCCCAGGUGCAGAAUGCUGUGACCAGGUUGGAUGCGGUCUUUCAGACCCUUAACCAAAAAAUCAAGGACAAGGGUAUGGCCGGAAACCUAAACGUCAUCAUGUUCUCUGACCAUGGAAUGACUGACAUCAAGUGGAUGGAGAAAGUUAUUGAGCUGGAUAAUUUCAUAAACAUGUCUGACGUCAAGAUGAUGGACAGGGGCCCUGUUGUGAACCUCUGGCCAAAGCAAGACAAGUUUGACGAGAUAUACCGAGUCCUCAGUACUGUAGAGAACAUGAGAGUUUACAGCAGGGACGAGUUCCCUGAUCGUUUCCACUACAAAGGGGGCAAGUUUGUCUCAACUCUCACUCUUGUGGCUGAGCCUGGCUGGUUUAUCACAGAGAACAAAGCCAAACUGCCGUACUGGAAGAAUGACACCGAAGUGGCACAGGCUUGGCAGCACGGCUGGCAUGGCUACGACAACGAGUUUGUGGACAUGAGGGGCUUUUUCAUGGCACAGGGACCUGACUUCAAGAAAAACUACCGGGCUGAACCAAUCCGAGCAGUCGACGUGUAUAACCUCAUGUGCCACACCUUGGACAUCAAGCCCCUCCCCAACAACGGCUCGUGGUCGCGCGUGGAGUCCAUGCUGCUCGGGGCGUCCAGCGCGGUCCAGCCCAGUCUCCUGAACAGCUGUUUUCUGAGCGUAUUAGCCCUAGCCCUCCUUUUUUAUCUACAGGCCUAGAACCUCACAGAACUUUAUCUCAUUCUCCUUCUCCUCUUCCUGUGUUGUACUCCUGCGCUCCCUCAAAGUGUACACUGCCCAUCCACACAGACCUGUGUGUUUUACUCAUGCAUGCUUCAUAUACUGUAUGGCACCCCUAAAUGGUUCUUUAAACCAUUUUGAAGAGUUAAUCAAAGGAACCCCUAACGGUUCUUUAAAGCCUGUAUGGUUCUAUGUAGCACCCCAAGAACCUUUUUUUUUAAGAGAGUACUUUGCCAGUUUGUAACCAGAUUUUCUUGGACAACAUGGCUGUUAGGGUGCUGCUGCUGUAGAUGCACUGAAUGAGGGGGGGGGGGGGGACUCACACUGGGAAACAGCUGUUUUGUGUGUAGUUUUGCAAAAUAUGUAGCCUGGGUUUUCCCAUACUGCCUUGCGCGGUGAUUUCAAUCCCGCUGCUAAGCCAGUCUGGAAACUAAGGCCCAAAUGUUCGCCUGAUGUUGGCGAACCAAUCACAGAACAUCCGAGAAGUUUCCGUUGCCCUCUUGCGUAUACAUUCGACGACAAAGGAUUUACGGCAGCCCUUAGCGUUGCAUACGAACGAGUUGGGUGAGCUAUGCGUAUUUGAUAGACAUCCGUGGCGCCCAAUGAACGGAUCUGGGCAUUUUUUCAAAUACGAGAAAAUGAACGUCUGGUUGCCAGACCACGUCUCAUUUGAGAAGUGGUAGGCGUUAGCCAGGCUACAAAAUAUGCAUAUCUGGUACAUCAUUUUUUAUGCAUAAUUCUAUGUAGCACUUUAACAUUUAGUGCUUUUAAUUGAAGUUGAAUUUGUUGCAGAUUGUAAACAAUUGAUGGGUCAUUUUGUAAUUGCUACAAAUACACUGUCGUGUAGAUGUAGUUGGUAGAUGGUAAAAGUAUGGCACUGUAAUAUGACAUCAAGAGGUUUUUGCCAAAAUUUCGCCAAAUUUUCAUGUUUGGUUUGAUCAAGCUUGACCCUCUAUCUUGUACCUAUUAAUUUUUGAUAUAUGUAUUCUGUGAAUGUUUUGUAUGAAAAAGAAAAUCACCUUUUGUUACUUUUUGUUAAAAAUAUGCCAAGGAACCAUGCUUUUGAAUGUAAUAAUACUGUAUUCACAUUGAAAUUGAUACUUUUUUCAUAAUGGAUUUCCCUACUUCUUUAUCUCCAAA